CUCAUUUUACAAACAAAUUAUUAAUACAAAAACAAAAACUAUCGAAUCAAAACUACAAAAUUCUUUUCAUAAACGAUGGACACUGUACAAGUUUAUUUUACCGAUUUAGAAUCUUAUCCACCUGUACGUGAUGUUUAUUGGAAAGAUUGUGAAUUCACAAUGAUGAAUCCAUUUUUAACUGAAGAAGAUAUAGUGAAUCCUAAAUUUCCACACGAUGGAUCCGAUCAUUAUUUUGUGAUUAAAAUAAUGAAAUUAAUUCCUACAGCACGUAGCCGUCUAAUACAAGAACGAGAACCAAAUCGGCAACAUCCAUUUCAUAAAGACAAUACAAAAAUGAUACAAUUGAGUAAUAUUCGUGAAUUGUGUUCAUAUUCACCAUCAGUGCUUACAUUUCAAAUAGAACAACGACGUAUUCAUUAUCGUAUUGAAUUUUCAAGUGAUGAAAAAUUAAAAUGGUUAAUUGGCUGCAUUAUGACUGAAAUUCAUUGUUUCACUUGGGAUCAACAACUGACUAAUCUUCGUGAACGUCGUUAUGUAGUGCAGAAUGAAAUUUUGUGGAAAAAAUAUUAUAAACCAAUUGAAUUGCCACGACAUUGCCGCCAUCAAAUUGAUGAUGACGAUGAUGAUGAAGUAACUUUCGAUAUCCAUCAACCAAAAUCAAUGAAAACUAUUGAAUCAAAACAACCAUUGAAUAUGCAACAGAUUAUUGAAUCGUGGGCGGCUGUUAAAAAUUCACCAAAUCAUUGUUGCCAUCAUCAUCAUCAUUCAUCUGCUUUCAAUGUUAAUGAUAAUGAUGAUGAUAAAAAAGAAGCAGAUAAAAAUUUUGAAUAUUCUAAUAUGGAUAAUGUUGUUGAUCAUUUCUGGUGUGAAGAAGAUAUGGAUGAUGUUGAAUUCGAUGAUGAUGAUGACUUUUUUUAUGAUAAUGAAUCUGAAGUUUCAGCACCAGAAACAUUUAUUGAUGAUGAUACUGAUGAAGAUGAAAAUCCUUUUUUCAAUGAAACAGAUGAUGAUAAAACAAUUGUUAAUGGCGAUCAUAGUGACAAUGAUUAUGAUAUGAAAUCAUUGAUUGAUGAAGAAUUAAAUCGUCAUAUUGUGGAUCCAUAUCUAAGUCCAUCGGUUGAACAUGCAUUCCAAUCAAUGUGUACCGGUUUCUUAUUCAUAAUGUUUUAUCAUCUUGCCUAUUUGGCUGCAUUCUACACUGGUGGCGAUACUGAAUUGGAUUAAUUGAAUUUUAUUAUUCGAAUAGAAAGAAUUUUUCAUACCGUUUU